GCUCUCUUAUGACAUUAUAAAUAAUGCCCUCAAUAGGUGGAGACUUCUUAGAAGUUCGAGAUUGUGUCUUCAUCAAAGGAUUUCCAUCGGACUCGGGAAUCGACGUUUCCGACGUGAGGGAGUAUUUUGAAAACAAAGUCGGAAAAUGUUGCGUUCAAAUGACUGCUCUUUCGAAGGACAAGCGCUGGGCUUUCAUCACUCUCAAGUUUGACUCGAAUGCGCUUGCUGAAGAUGCCAUUGACAGGUUCAAUGGAAAAUAUCUUUGGGGACAUAAAGUACAGAUAAGUUUUUGGAGAGUACCUAAGAGCUUGGCACAAUCAGGAAGAUUUCAAAGAAAUAAUCAUAACCUUAACAGCAGAAGAUGGGACGACAAGAGAAGCUUUGAGGAAGCAACAGAAAAAUCCUCAAGGCAUAACAACGACUUUUCAAGGGAGACUAAUACAAAGCCUACAGUGUCAAGAGAAUCUGUGGGUUAUGAUGGUAAAGAGGAGUUUAGGGUUGAUCAAGAUAAUAGAAGGUAUCCUGAAGGAACUUUUGCUGAAAGAAGAAAGAAUUUCAAUUAUAAAGAACACUGCAAUGGGUAUUCACAACAAUACUGGAAUGGUGAUGAAGGAGAAGAAGAAGCUUAUCCAAUAUUUGAUGAGAACAGGGCUGGAUGGGACUCUGACUUCAGCGGCAGAAAUGAAAACCUUUCGGAAAGGGAAUACUAUGACAGAGAAGAGGAAUUGUCACAUGCUCAUGAGGGAGAUAUUUGGCCAGAAAGGGAAGAAGAUCAUGAAAGAGAGCAAGAUUUUGGUCAAUAUGACAAUUAUCCUGAGAUAUAUCAAGAUCACCUGAGAGAAGAGUGUGAGGAUAACCAUUAUGCCUACAGUGAGAGACUGUUUGAAGAUACACGGGAAGAACCACCUUAUAGAGGUGAAGAUCUGAUGCCAAGGAACAGACAGUGGUAUGAUGACAGGGAGUGCAUCAACACACAAGAUUGCAGAAAUCAAGAGGGCAAUCAUAACAGUUUCCCUUCAUUCGAUAAAGAAAGGCAGUGGCCAAGAUGGGAGGCAGUUACACCUAGCAGCCCAAAUAGGAAGAAGCCAUCUGACCCAGCCGUCAUCACAGACACACCCAAAGACAGUCCGUGGGUACAGAACCCAAGAUCCUGCAACAAGCUUAGAGAGUUCACCGGUAGAAGAGCUGCAGCAUUGUCAGACGAAAGGUCACGAUCAGAUGAGUGGGUAAGCAAUACUCACAGACAUUUCAGAGAUAGAGGUCGUCAUAGUGCUUCGCCUGUGAAUGUACGUCCGAAGGCCUAUGGUGACCGAGAGCCCCAUCUCUUGGACAAAACGUUAAAAGUUUCCCCAGAAAUAACUUCUAAUUCUGCUCAUUCAAGAAGAGGUCGUGGCAGCAUUUCGCCAGCCAGAAAUAGACACUCUUCGGCGAAAAGGGAAAGCAGUAGAAGUUUGUCUGCAGAAAGGAGUUCUGAUUUUAGACAUCAGGGAACCUCAACGGGCAGCGAAAGAUCAAGUCAGGCCUUCAAUAAACAGCGGCUAGAUCGAAGAAAAAUGGAGAGUCGCAGUUACUCCCCAAAUCCAAAUACCAAGGUGCCAUUGUUGAGAGAAAGAAGUGUCGAGAAUGGAAAUGUAAAUGGUGGCAGAAGAGGGACUGAUCUGCGACGUUCUCUGAUGUUACACCAACAAAGAAAACAUUCUUCAUUAAGAGAGAGAAGUAGAGAGAACAGUAUAAAGUAUUCGGAAAGAGCCACAAAAACCUCUCCAGAUAAACGUGAUAAAUCACCGGGUUCCUACAGCUCGGCCGAGUCUUCCUCUUCCAAUCAAGGUACAAACAGGAAACGGCAUAAGUACGAUGAUGAAAAAAGACGAGAUGACGUUGAGACUAUUAAAAGAAGACGAAAAACGAGCCUGAAUCACUCAGAUAAUGCCUCAACGUAUUCUGACCCAGAAAACGGAAACAGGGAUUCCACCGGGAAGAAGAGGCUAAAAACAACAAAUGAAAGUAGGAUCAAGAAACUACUUCCUCAGGAGCAAAAAAGAAAAUCAGGACAGCAAAGACAGCAUGUCACAGACUAUUCCAUCAAAAAAAGAGCAGAUCGCCUUUUGAAUGCGGUAGCUGUCACUUUGACAGAAUGCAAGAUACUCUUGAGAAGACCAGGAAGUAAAGAAGGUUCCUCUAAAGAAGGCACAUCGAGCAGUAUUACUUCUGUCGCACUUAAAGGUGUUGACAGUGUAAGAGGUUACACCACGAAGCCCGCUGGACAAUCUGAAGAAUAUCGUCCCAGUGAAAAGAGUCGCCUGGAGCAUGCCCAGCCUGUGGCCACUGAGAAUCUGCAAUCGCUGGAUACAUUUGAGGUUGAUCGGUGUACGAAUGAAACACCAGUUGAGGAGUGGGCUGUAGGAGGGACACCUGAAGGAAACAUUACUACCCCUGACAACAACGCCAGUCACCUAGCAGUCCCCUGCUGCGAAGGCAGUUCAGAUCAGGACAUGAGCGAGGUUGAAGAAGAUUACAGCGGUUAUGACUUGUCGAAAGAGAAUUUAGAUUAUACCGAGAAAAACGCUCGGACUGAAGACAUCUCAACAGAGAACGAUGACUUUAUGGAUGUAAAGAAAAACUCUACCUUUAUUGUAGAUGACCCUAAGACAACGGACAGAGUGGAGGUUCCUGAAACUGAUUUUCAAAGGACAAGUAAAGCGGAUUUUAUGGCGGAAAUGGAAGAUAAAGAAAACUCUUUGCAAGGAAACUGUCACAUGGACGAACUGAAGACCACUAAUGAACCGGCUGAAAAACCUGUUCAUCCGGCUGAAAAACCGGUUCCUAAUUCUUACGAUUUCGCCUUAUGCCAGAGCCCCGUGAAAGAAAGUAAGAUUUACACAGAAAACGACACAUCCAAUGAGAUAUUGUCAACCAAUUUGCAACAUGCUCACAUGGAAAUUUCUUCAACUGAAGAAAACAUACCUAAACUGGACUUAGUUCAAGAAACGUGGCUGCCAGAGGAUUUUAGUGUUUGCGGAGAAGGCGAAAACCAGCUUGGAACAAGUAACAGUUCCAUAAUUGAAGUUGGCAAGGAAAUUGAUGGUAGUGUCUGUCGGAAGGACUUGCAAAGGAGUGUUUCCUCUGACGAGACUUCGCCAGGAGUUCUUUUACCAAACAAAGUGUUUUGUCAUCCUAUGGAAUUGAACAACACAGAAAAUGCUAUGGUUGAGAGGGGCGAGGAAGAUAGUCCUGAUAUUACAAAAGCAGAGCACAAUACCUCCGAAUUAGGUAAUGAUUGUCACAACGUCAGUCCCACAAGAUCUGAAGUCCCACCCCCGGAAGUAGAUGUUUGCAGUAUUGUACGCAAUGCAAAGGCCUUGAAACAGGGAGGUUAUAACACGGAGCAAUCUAAGUGUAAUAACAGUGGAAUAUAUGCAGCAUGUACCAUGGAAAAAGUGCAAGAUAAUGCCAUCUACGUAGGAAAGGAGCAGUAUGUCUCUGAGAAUGAAUACCGUACUCAAUCCCACCAAGUAAAUAAUUUCGACACUGGGGCUUGCAAAACAGAAUGCCGUGAGGUAAUUCCUCAAUAUAUCGAUGGCGACAAUGAAGAUAUCACUGAUGUGAUUAGUGCGGUGCAAGAAGCUCAUGAAUUGGAAGAUGAUGUUAGUUUCUUCAAAUGCCAGGAGGUUACGUAUAUUAUCGAAGAAGUGUAUAUCCUUGAAGGUGCCAAGGUCACAAAACGAGAGGUUUAUAACAUCAGAGACAUUGAUCACGUUUGUAAUUCUAGAAAUCAGGAGUGCCAAGGAAAUGAUGCUGAUUUUGAUGUCACUAACACAGAACAAGUCUGCGUCACUAGUGUCAAUAACACACAACAAAACCUGUCUAACAAGGUAAGUGUUGGCGAGGAUAUUCCUGACAGAGAGGGUACCAAUGUGGAGGAUGCUGUGGUUGAUGCCAGUGGCCUAGAUCAAGAACACGGUGUCAUAGAAAGUAUCGAUGUCAUGCGUAGAGAGGAAAACAGUAAUAACGUUUGGAACAUGAAAGACAAGAAACACAACUCUGAAAAUGCUGGAUUUAAUGGAUUUAACACAGAAAAGGUUUGUGAUGCGAAGAGUAAUGAUGUCACGAAUGGUGUUAACAAUGCAAAGAAAGAAAAGCACACUUCAAAUAACGGUUAUUUUAUCAGCGAACAACGGAAAUAUGAUGACAUAGAGCAUAAAGUGUAUAACAUGGUGGAUGGUUGUGUCAUGCAACAGGAUGUGUAUUGCUCCAACGAUGGAAAUCGGUCAGAUAACACGAGAAAGGACAACCACACUGAGAUCAAUGGAGGAGAUAAUGAGACAGAUACAGACCAGGAAAGUUAUCACGUGGAUACGAAUUCAUAUAACAUGGCUGAUGCUCAAAUAAAACAAGAGACUCGAUCCAUAGCAAACAACACAACUGAGGAUGUAAGGUUAAAAUUCAGUAGUCAAGAGGUUCAGCUGAGCGAAAUAGCAUCAAAAGGCAAACCUGCUGAUAUUGGAACACAUCAUCCGAGUUGGACAAGCUUAGAACCUUGCAACUUGAGUGCGGCACAAGCUCAGUACUCAACGACUGAUGUUGAUGCUACUAAAUCAAGCGCUUCUUUCUUUAGUAUCAGUAGUGUCAAUCCGCAAGCGAAAGAACAUCAUUUGAUUACCGAAGAUUUUGAGCACGUCGAUAUGGAGAUAUCCUCGGAGGAGGAACCUCGAGAUCACUUCAUUGGGUCAUCAGUCUGUGUGAAUACCAGCACCAGCAGUAUAGAAAGUGAUGGUGGUAAGCCUUAUUCUCCGAGCAGCCCAACUUGGACUAGUGACGAACAUCGUUCCCCACUUCCUAAAAAUGAUACAUCUCCGUAUUCUCCAAGUCACCCGACAAACGUGAGUGGAGGUGAUUUUGAGGUAUGUAUUACCAAUGAGGACGUGUCGUACCAGGGUGGUGGACAUGAGACGGAUGCACCUAUUUGUGAAGCGAUAGAAGUUGUCCAUCCUGAAGUAUGUAAGAACAAAUCAAGAAGCAGGGCUGCUGACGAGGAAGAAGAGGUUUUGCAUUUCAAUCAUAUAGUCAAGGGUGAUAGUAUGAGUGAUACAACCCCAAGGUCUUCCAGGUAUUUUAGAUCACCUAAAUCUGGGGCUCCAAGAAAAAGCGUUUCGCCAGCCAAAUAUUUCAUUGAUGGGAAUUUGCCAACCAAAGACCUGAUGAAAAAUCACAUAGUUGCUACCAGCGAUAAAGACGGGAAGAGUGUUGCCAAAGAUAGUGAGGUUUGUUCAGAUAAUUCCAUGACAGACGAAGGGAGCAAACACAAUGUAAAGCCUUUGUUAAGAAGCGAAAAGAGAACGAAAAGUUUACCAGCAACUGUCUCCAUGGAUGCAAAACCUAAGGUAGUGUAUGUGACCGCUGCCAAGACGUACGACUUUAAUACUCACAGAGUCACUCAACAUAAACCCCGCAUACUUUAUGCAACCAAUGAUAAAAGUGCUAGACCUGUGAGGUCUCUAUCUCUGGAUACAGCGUUAGGAAAAGGUUGGCCUCUCUGCGAGAACUCUAACAAUCGCCCAGUUGAUUGUGAUCAGCAAUCAAAGUUUGUUGCUGAAGCGAUCUCGACUGUUGAAGUAGAGAAACGAAAGGAUGGGAGAGAUACUGAUGGUCACUUGAGACCAAUGUUUCCAGAUGGUUCUUUCAUUAGUGAUGUUCCUUUGAAAAGGAUGAAAUUUGUAGCUCACGAUGAUGACCAGGAAGUCGUCAAAAUCAACAGUGCACCCAAGAGUGUAAGGUCUGAAGAAGGACCUGAUAAUUGCAUCGACUGUGGUGGGACAAGCGGUGCUUUUAGUGUUGCCAAAGAAUCGUUACCUUCGUGUUGUAAAGCAAAUCAAGACACAUUUCUAUCGGGAGAUCUUCCAGAAAGUGAUGGGUUAUUAGUUACACAGCCGCCAUUGGACUUGAGACAAAGUCAUGUGCCUAAUGAACAUUGUCUUAGCACAGACCAGAUACCAAGUCAAAUAACAGGAAGUGAGACUAACUGGGGAAGAUCUAAUGUCAGUAACAUGAGUGAGAUUCCAGGGACAUCUGAUGUUACUGAUAAGAGACCUUUUGCGUCUACUGGUGAGAAUAAGGAUUUUGGAUUUAGUGAUCAGGGAACGUCGAUGCCAAAGAGUUCUGUCCUACCAGGAAGUACAGUUUUAGAAAUAGAAGGUGAAAACGAAAAAGAUGCGCAAAGUGAAUGCUUGAGGGAAAUUCAGCAGCAAGUUUUACCUCAUGGAAAUGAGCAAACGCUUUCCAAUUCGACGUCUUGCUCUGCUAACAAGAGGACCCACCCCGAUUCUACAAGAGAUGCAUCUCGUCCUUGUAAAGUACCACGUAAGCCGCUCAAGCUUAUCAUACCAACCACUCCACUGUUUAAUCACGAUAUCAAAAGGUCACCUCAAGCUGCUCACCGCGGGAGAUAUUUCAAGAAAACUAGCACGUCUACAGUUACUCAUGCAAGUGUGAAUAUGGUUCCAGAGAGCAACUCUUUGAAGAUUUUGCAAGGUGAUGGUUCAUCCAUCAAUAAGUUCUCUGGUGACAAAUAUACUGCGAUGACAGAAAAAGACACUUACAGCGAGAAUGCGGAGUUGGCGUGUAGCUUAUCACCCGCGGUAAGCGGUACCCCUGCUACAACUGACUGUCCACCCCCUACUUGUAAAACCGGAAAUACGUCACCAUUUACAGCUCAUAGUCCGCCGUAUAAAACGUCCAAUGAAAAUACGAAUAUCAUGGAAAAGAAAGCAAAUAGCUGCAGUGGAAACGAAAGUGAGUACAUCGCUUUAAGGAUGGAACGACUUAGGAGAAAGAAAGAAGAAAUAGAGCAGGUGUACAAAAGGGAAUGUCGUACUGUUGUCAAUGUGGUUAAGAUGUUGGUAAGCAAUGAUCCAAGACUGGAAGGACUUUUACAGAAUGCUGUUCGUCGUAGCUUGCAGGAUAUGGGACGAAGAUGCGUGCAAGAGUUGGAGAAACAAGUUCGUCCUGGAUCUUGAAUGUAUUACCUCUAUUGGCGAAGAUGUUUGGUUUUCCAUUCCAGUAGUCCAGUCCUGCGUUAGAUAUUUUUGGUGUAUACAAAUGGUCUAGGCCUAUAGGAUCAGUACCUUGUUGCUAUUUGUCGUCCAGUUGAACACACUAAUUGAUUGGUAACCGCAACUAAAGACAUUAAACGAUCCGAAGAGUGUAGUUGCCAUGUCAUGAAGAACAACUGGUGGAAGCCUCUCAUGUGACAAGGUUGGGAUGCUCUUCGGACAAUUUGAAUUAAACCCCUAAAAGAGACCACUCUGGAAGUGGCUCGAGCUGUAUUUAACCCCUACAAGAUACCACUUUGAAAAGGACAGACAGCGUUUUUCUAUUAUUAUUUCGAGUGCAACCCUGAAAGAUACCUUGAGGGCUAAGCAUUGUGGCGUUUUGUCGUCAACAUCCUAAGUGAGACCAAAAUCCGUGAUUUACACCCCUAAGGGUGACGACGCGCAUCCCCGACGUAUUCACAUGAGAGUCCCCCUCCCCCCACCCCCCGACGGGACUAGAGGAACCAUUCGAAGAGUGCAGGCAAGGUGCGAAAUCAGCAGUAUAUGUUAAUCAAACGUCAAACGUCAAAUUAAGUAAUGCCCGUAAAAUCUUGCUUCCGAGAUCACAAUUUCUCGAGUUAAGAAACCUAGCAAUAUUUUUUUAAUCACAAUUGACGUCGGGAUCGUAGAUGUAUACCUAAGCAAGCGUAAGUAAGACUAAAGAAGAUUGUUUAGACUACAAACGGCGAGCUUGAAAAAUAUAGUGUAAGGUUUUCAAGAUGUGCCGCCUGUGGCCAUGGAAAAAUAUCCAUAUAAAACGUCAGUGUACUCUAACAAAUUAGAGCUGUAGCGAAGUGAAUUGAGUUUGAUAACAGACCGCGAAAAUUUAGUGAGAAGCAAUCAUACAUCUUUCAGUGAUCUGACUUCACAUUAAACACUGUAUCUCGGGCAAUGUUCUUCCUUCUCCAACUGGACAACAGGCUGAGUCAUAUUGGAAUGUUGUAGAAACAAACUAAUACUGUAUUCACCAGGCUGAUGACCGUUUUCCGUUGAGUUUUCCUUUUAAUGAGCCUCACUUACGUUUUUAAAUGAUUGCGUGUUUUUCUGUUUCCUGUUACAAAGCAUAGUUUUGGUUUGUAAUGGCAGACUUCCUUCAAUCAGUGUUGCAAGCAGCAGGCGUGUUAAUUUAAGGGUGAAGUUUGUUUUAAACAUCUUAGUAUCAUGAGUAUCAUUUUAAUUUCUUGUAUAGAAUUUUUCAAAAUAAAUUAAGUUUAUUCAAAGUGGUUUUCUAUCGUAAUCCCUUUGAAGAACAAUUUAAGUUGCAUACUGAAUUUAAACUAAUUAAUUACAAGAGAAAUGGAAAAUAUAAACUGACGAGCAACAAAAACCAACCAGGCUCUUCUUUCGAUUGGCUUUUCAUUCCUUGUUUGGGUAAACUUCAGAGUGAAAUUUGUUUAGGAGUGGCCCUAAUACCUAAUACAGUGGACCUAAUACAAUCAUUUCGCACGUUUGGUCGCGUAGUAGUCGUACAUUUGAGCGAGCAGUUUUAACCUUCGCGCGCAUCUUUACUUAAAAGGAAAUUUGAAUAGCCAUUCACAGAAAAGAAUCAAUCGGACUUGGCCAGAUUCUCACUUAGUAACUUCUCCUCCGGCUUGAGGGUAAGGUGAGCACGCGAAUGGACGACGAUAGAAGAAUUAAUCGCCAUCAGGAAUAGUGUUAAAUGGAAUCAGAGGCUCUUGUGAGCCAGCUCUGGAUGAAUUGGAUUAGUCUAGAAAAAAUAGUCGAAUAAUAAAGAGGAAUUGGUGGGUUGGGAGUAUUGAAAGUUAUUUGGAACGUUGAAGAACCCACGGCAAGGCAAAAUAUAGGUCCGCAGAGCACACGUGUGCCUGCUUACAUUUAGUUCAUAUAGUUAGUUUAUAGUUGACAAUUUUUGAAAUGACUUUUUGAACGCCUAUCUGAAAGCUCAAGGAGUACAUGUACAGUGAAACUAGCUAAGUAUACAAAAAUUAAAUCAGAGGCUGUUUAUACAGACCGUUUAUAAAUUUUAAAAUGGAAUAUAUUAUUUUGAUUGGCACUGGAACAUCGUUAUUGUAAAUGCCAUCAUAGUUCCUAGCUCUCAUCUGCAAGAAUAGUGUCAAAUAACUUCUACAAUCUAUUGCACAAUGAAGCCAUUCAAUGAGAAUUCACCAUAUUCACCCAGUCAGAGGAGUUGGUUAUAAUAUGUAUAAUACAUGUAUUAGUGAGUCUGCAGUGCAUUUUGGGUCAAGGUAAUUUGAUCGUGGUCCUUGUCCAGUCAACAUUCGACUGUUGCAUUAUGAAAUGGCUAUAUUGCAACUAUACAGACAGUAUGUCACAUUGUUUAGACAGUUAUAAUUUAAAGACAAUCAGCUUGAGAAUGCCAAGAAUAUUUUGCACAAUUUUACUUUACUGGGACGCAGAUAUUGCCAAACUCUUGUUUAUUUCAUGCCAUCGCAAAUGUAAACAAUCUGGUUUUAGCUAGCUGGUAAAUGGGAAUAGAGAGAAAAGUAUUUCUCGAAAUAUUCUAAGAAUCAUUUCAGACAGUUUCCAGCAUCCCUCCCAGAAAGGGCUACUUGAAACAGUUUGGUUGAAAAUAACACUCUGCCAUGAAAACCCCCUGCUAAAUCUUGUACCAAAAAAGUUCAAUUUGGUUUUGACCUUGAACCUGAAGUGAAGGGGAUGUUCUUAGUUACAAUAUAAGUUUUCUCCAUACAGCUAUACCCAGGCGGGGAGGGAAGGGACUUAAAAAAGUUUUAAACAAGGAGGCUCUGCCCAUGUGUUUUUUCCAGAAAGGUUACCUGUCACAUACAUGUGGCCUCGAACUUGAAACCCCUUUCACAUACCCACAGUAGACCCACUACAUCUCUUUUCAUGAAUAAAUUUGCAAUUAAUGUUUAAAAUCCCUGCCUUUUUACCUCCUCCUAAAAAGUGCACCUUCAGUCAACUAUGACAAAAUAAAAAGGGUAUUGCAGAUUGUAAUGUAGACAAAAAUAACCAUAAUUUUCUUUCCUGGAAAUGGAAAUCAGAGUGUUUUAUUCCUAUCUUUACAAUUGUUUGUGUUAAUUUCACUAGCGAUGCAUAGAUAUUCAAAACGAUUGUUGACAGGUACACUAUUUAUAUUUAUUUCGAGCUUUGAUUCUAAUUGUUUACAUAUCUUGUCUCUAGAAGCAAAAUAGAACUCUACAUACAUCACCAGCCACCAUGCGUGUUUGACACGAGUUGUGUUUGACAUGAUUGGACAGUAAAUCUCUCUUGCAAAAAGUAGAUCUACACAGAUGUCAAUAAACCCCAGAACAUGGAGCAUUCUGGAACAUCCUGGAACAUCAAAAAAUUAUAAUAAUUAUGAGAAAAAUAUGUAAAAUUAAAUUUUUAUAAAUAAAAUAAAAAUAUAUAUAUAACUGGUAUCAGCUCAAAAUAUGAAAAGAGAUUUUUGGGGGUAGGGGAGUCCAAUGAGAACAGGGUCCUCUUCUUUCCCGCCAUUUGCGUCAUGUGGCUUUACAGCACUCUGUUUUUCAACACAAACAUGGACGAUUCGGACGAUCAAUGCGAGGUAAUUCAUUGCAUUUCCUUUGUUAAUGUUGUUAUCAUUCCCAGUUUUGUGCUCUCCACUAGAAAUGCCUGGCACUAUGACCCACCAAGUGCAGACUCAGCCUUUCCAGAAGCCUGAGUAACAAGCAAGUUAUUAUUAAUAAGACAAGAAACUCAAUACUAAAG